AUGGGCCGAAAGCGCAAGACCAAGAAGGCACCCGCCACUGCCCUUGAGACAGGGGAUGCCGCUCCGCUCUCUGCUGAGACCUCAACCCCCGCCAAAAACCGUGCUGAAUCGCCCAAAAAGGCGGAGCCCUCACGCGUGGAACCCAAAGCUGAAUCUAUCAAGAAGGUGAAGGUCAAGGAGCCAAUGGUGGAAGAGAACAAGGCACCCUCCGAGGCACCCUCUGUGGGCGACGAGCCCGCUGAGCCCAAGACCCCCCCCUGA